CUGUUUUACUGAUUUCAUGGUAUAUUUUCCUUUGUUGCCGCAGCCACACUUUGUCUAUGACAUCAGUUUUAGCUUAGCUGUCCAAUUUUGUUUCACAAAGCUUUUUGCAAACUUGCAAAUAGUUAAUAAACUGUCGAAGAUAACAAAUCGCAGUGCCCAACAUAAUGGCCGACCCAAAAUUUCAAAACCUGCCCGGCAUUGCUUAUGACCAGCCGGAUGUUUUUGAGACACCCGACGAUCCGGAGGUCGAUACUUCUGACUAUUAUGAGGAGGAGCCGGAAAACGAAGCCAUUGAGCGAUUGCACAUUUCACCUAGCAUCGCCCACAAACGCUUUAGUAAUGCAACGCUUGAGGGAAACGUCGACUUUACGGAUCGAAUUGGGCGUCGCUUGUGUCGUGGCUACGAUGUAAGAGGUGGAGAAUAUGAGUUGGUUGGCCAAGGUGAAAAGGAGACGCCAGUGCAAAAGUGCCAACGCUUGCAAAUUGAAAUGAACGAGCUGCUCGAUGAGGUAGCUGCCUUGCAAGUGGAUCGUAAGAUUGCCGAUGAGGAAAAGCAAUCCUAUGAUGCAGUCGCCACUGUAAUAAGCACAGCCAAGAGAGUAUUGGAUACAUUAAAACUUGAGCAAGUACUGGGCAAGGAGCAAAUGCCCAAUGAUAAACAAGUCAAAGCACUUGUUGCCCAAGUCGAAGAAUUUAAGCAAUCGGGCGUGCUAACUGCUCUGCCCACACCCGGCACGGAUUUGGCAUCGACAGCACGUAUAGCGAAUCUCGAACAGCGUUUGCAUCAGCUGGAAAAGGCAGUGGGUGCACAGCCCGAGAAACUGAGUCGUCUCACAGCCGUCACUAACACCUCCAAUGUGCUCGAAGCUGUCCGGCAUUUGAGCACCAAGGCGGCUCUACUCCAGCCGGAUAAACUGGACGCCAUUGAACAACGUCUAACUACAUUAACUGGCAAAAUGGAUGCAAUUGCUGAGAAGUCCAGCGGCAGCGCACAGGACGCCAAACGUGAUCAGAAAGUCUCAGAGCUCUACGACCUGGCGAAACGUACAGAACCAGUUGUUGAGAUGUUGCCACAUGUUAUUGAACGAAUGCAAGCAUUGGAAGCUUUACAUAAAUAUGCUAACAACUUUGCUAAGAUCAUAGCGGAGAUUGAACAAAAGCAGGGCACUAUUACCACCAGUUUGGUUAAUAACAAAGAGCUUUUACAUUCAGUGCAGGAAACAUUUGCCCAAAAUCUGGAAACAAUCAACACUAAAGUCGCUAAAGUUGAGCAAAGAGUGGCGGCUAUAACUAGCGCUAAAUAAAUAUGCUCAGCAUUUUAAACAUAUGUAGCACACCUCUAGCAUUAUAACACUUAUACAUGAAAUAUAUUUAUUUGUAUCAAUAAAG